AGUCAGCGUUAAAUUUUAUAAAUGAAUUGAUUAAUGUGUGGGUUAAAGCCGCAUUAAAUAUAUUUGUUAAGGAGCCUUCUUUCAGUAUUUUUUAUUACGCAAUAUUUAUCAUUUUCUAUGUAAUAAGAAAUAUGAGGUAUUGAUAGAUAUUCUGGUCAUUCGCGUCUAAUCAUGUCAGGAGUACAAAAGAAAGCAAAAAAACCACGUUAUGGAAUUUUAGGAGUUAAGAAAACAGAUAGAAUAUUUUUUUCAGCUGCGGGAGAAGAUUGGUCCUCAGAUUCGGAAGAUGACGAUUAUCACCCACCAGGCGAAGAUGAAAUUGUUGAAAUUAACACAAAGAAACGAAAACAAGAGAGAAGAAAGAAACAAGCUAUUAUUAAAGAAGAAAAGAAAAAGGGAAAGAUUGAUAUCAAAUUAAAACAGGGGAUAACUACGUGGCACCUUCUACCACCGGAAAUUUUAGUUAAAAUAUUAAAAUUUUGUUCAAUGAACGAAGGUCAUCUCAGACUUGAUGUAUUAGGUACAGUUUGUAACGAUUGGAAGAGAGUAGCCCGUACAGAAUCAUUAUGGAAGUAUGUUGAUUUAGCUAGAGGAUCGGAAAUGCUAAAUAAAAAAGAUUUAGAAUCAACAUCUAAAAAACUUUACCCUCUGAUGCGUAAAACAGAAAGAAUAGUACUUAACAAAUCAAUUACGAUGUCGCAAUUCACAAAUUUGAUACGAAAUUUCCAAGAAAUUCGUGAAAUCUCUUUCAAAGGUUGUUCCAAAUUAAAACCUGAAUUAUUAACAGAAAUUGCGGAAUCGGGAAAUUUAAAAAAUUUACAAGGCGUCGAUUUUAAUGGAACGUUUCAAGAUUUUAUUGGAUUGAAAGAUAUGUUUGUAUUCAUCAAUAAUAUCUUACCUAACUUGACAAAAUUAGUCUUGUCAAAUAACAAGUUUAACAAAAAAACAAUAACAGCAAUCUUUCAAAAGGUUGCAUCCGAUUGCACAAAACUCAAAAUAUUUGAACUGGAAAAUUGCCAUUCAUCCGCAAUACCUCAGCUAGAUUACCUAAGCAUGUGUAAAAAUUGCCGUUCGUUGAGAGUGUUGAAUUUCAACGAUACUCUAUUCCAUCCAUUUAAUUCGUCAGGAAAUAGUCAAAAUGAUGAAACAACGUAUAAACUUAACCUUGAAGAAUUCAGAAUGAGUCAAUUUCUUCAUGUUAAUAUUUAUGUUUCUCCCUCGUUUAUUACAGAUUUUAUUGGGAUGUGUGACAAUCUAACUUUACUCGAUGUUAAUCAUUUGCGUAAUUGCAACAGUUUCAACUUUCUACUCAAAUUACAUGCUCAAAAAUUGAAACAUCUGUAUCUUAGUAAUACCUUUACUAAGAAUUUGGUCGAUGAUCUAGAAAUGGAAUUACAAGUUAGACAAGUGUUUUCAAGAUGGGGACCGUCUUUGUUAGAUUUGGAUCUAUCCAAGAAUCUUUUGCCAAGUACCGUUUGGGAUGCUAUUUUUGAUAGUUUCGGACCAAAUCCCUCAUUAAUAACAUUAAAUUUGGAAAGUAGUAAUAUAGCUAUAGACACUUUAGAUUAUAUUAUGAAAACCUUUCAUAAACUACGUUACGUAAAUAUAAGUUUAUGCCGAACUAUCAGAGAGAGAGGAAUUAAGAGAGAGUAUCAAGCCGAAGAGAUAAACAUCCUUCGAAGUAAAUUCUAUUCCUAA